AUGGCAACAGACGACUUCUCCCCGCACACCAGGCUGAGGGACCACCCCCUGGGACCCGUGUACUGUGGCGACCUGCCUGAUGGCACGGGGGUAGCGGUGAGGCGGAUAGAAGCAGCGGUGGUGGAAGGCCAAUCCGAUUCGGACUUUGAAGCAGUAGCAGCCAGCAUGGCACGGCUGCAGCACGCCCACGUGGUGCCGCUGCAGGGGCUUCAACCCCUGCCUGAAGUGGCGGUGAGGAGGAUAGAAGCAGCAUUAGUGGAGGGGCAAUCCGAUUCGGACUUUGAAGCAGUAGCGGCCAACAUGGCGCGGCUGCAGCACGCCCACGUGGUGCCGCUGCAGGGGUACUGCAUGGAUGGUGGCGAGCUGAUGCUUGUGUUCUAUCCCGUGCCAGCAAACAUACCCUCUUUGUUUCCUUCUCCCUGCCCUCGUGCCUCCUGCCUCCCCUCCUCCUGCCUCCCCUCCCUGUGCCUCCCCACCCAUCGCUCCCCCAACCAGGAAGUGGCAGUGAGACGGAUAGAGGCAGCAAUAGUGGAGGGCCAGUCGGAUUCGGACUUUGAAGCAGUAGCGGCCAACAUGGCGCGGCUGCAGCACGCCCACGUGGUGCCGCUGCAGGGGUACUGCGUGGACGGCGGGGAGAGGAUGCUGGUGUUUGAGCAUUUUCACCUGGGCAGUCUGUACGAGCAUCUGCACGAUGGCAGCCGGAGCAUGCUCAUGACGUGGGACACGCGCGUGCAGAUUGCUGUCGGCUGCGCUCAAGCCUUAGAGUAUCUGCACGAGGAGUGUGUGCCAGCCAUAGUGCAUCGGGGCAUCUCAUCACGAGCCAUCCUGCUGGACGACCACAUGAGCCCGCGCAUUGCCGAUGCUGGGCUGGCUGUGCUCAACCCCACUGACGCUGAGGCUCAGACACUGUCAGAGCAGUUGGUGGGAGGGUACGCGUACAACGCACCCGAGUAUGCCAUGUCAGGGGUGUACACAGCCAAGAGCGACGUGUACAGCUUCGGAGUGGUGCUGCUGGAACUGCUAACAGGCAGAAAGCCCGUCGACCCCUUAGAGAUUCGCUGCAUUAAACUUCCUGCCAUCCAGCCCCCCCCAUCCUCUGCCCCUUAUCCCACCCACCCACAAACUCCCCCUCUUGUGGCCUUCCUACCCUUCCCCAACGCCUCCCUGUCCCCCGAACUCUCCCCGCCCCUCCUUAGAUCCAAGCCCAAGUGGGAGUCCUCGUUGGUGCGCUGGGCGGCCCCUCUGUUCCACGAUGUGGUGGAGCUAGAGCGCAUGGUGGACCCAACCCUGGCUGGAUGGGCCCAUACUUUCACCUCCUCACCCUCCCCCAUCCUUCCCCCCGACUCUUCCCUCCCCCAGCGCCAAACCCAAGUGGGAAUCAUCACUAGUGCGCUGGGCGGCCCCUCUGCUGCACGAUGUGGUGGAGCUAGAGUGCAUGGCGGACCCAACCCUUGCUGGGCCAAUGUCCCCAUCUCUCCACACUUCCCUUACCAUCAUCCUUUCCCCCCGCACUACUUACAGAUCCAAGCCCAAGUGGGAGUCUUCACUGGUGCGCUGGGCGGCCCCUCUGCUGCACGAUGUGGUGGAGCUAGAGCGCAUGGUGGACCCAACCCUGGCUGGGCCUGUGCCUGA